UCAGAGUCUGGUUGUGUGCGUCCAGUCGUUUCGUGCGCGUUCGCUGUUGUCGGUCACGACGGCGGUGUUCUGCUCAUUGUUGUCUUGGGCACUGGCUGCUUUCUGGGUUCACUUUCAUUUCCUGUCUUCUUGGAGUAGUGUUUUCAGCAAGCCAAAACAUCACUGGUGCUCACAUCAGUACAUUUCGAUAUUUGCUUGCCUCAUCCUGGACGUGUAUCGUCGUUGAGAGAAUAUUGCUCUAUGCAAUGGAAUGUGGCGAUGGUGUCUGCCGACUGUCCGCUCGGCAGGCGAUUGUACGCACAUCUUCAGCACCAUAAGGACACCAUCGCGCCUGUACUCGCUUUCUGCCAAGCUGGCCAAAGUCCAUGACAAUACCCAAUGUCAAAUAUCUUCCUUUCCGGAAGUUGUCAACUCUCCCAAUCAACAUGUCCAGCUUAUUUCCUCGCGGGCGGAUGAACAAGUAUCAGUCGAAGUACAUACCCAUUCGGACGCGCAUGACAAUCCAAUAAGUCCUGCUUCGCCUGUGCAAGACCUGGGUGGCAUGCAAAGAUUGAGGUCUUUGGAUGGACCAACGCGAGAACACCAUCACGGUGUCUGUGGACGUUCUGAACCGUCUUCCAACGGUUGUACUCAUAAAGCCUCGGAACCCACGACAAGGCCUACUACGAAAACAGCUACCGGGAGUAUUGCUUCGAUUGCGUCGAAGCACAGUACAGUCUUUUUGCUUCGACAGUUUCUUGCAGGCAGGAUUGAUAUGUCCUCACCAACAAGGAACAGUCCUCGCGGUAUUCGUGCCUUGUAUCUCUCCCUCAGGCAACGUUCAUUACUCCAUCUACUUACAGAACAAGACAUGAGUACCCUUAUCGGUCUUUACGGAGCGCUCUCUGUCUUUCAGUCGUCUUCGAACUCUACAAAUGAUGAGCUUGUCGACGAUUCACCGUUCUUAGCUCCCACUGUGCGACGCAUCAUCAAACAUAUCGACGUAGGCACGCCCAGGACCUACUGGACACUCCUUGCCAUGAUCGUUAUUGAUAAGAAAGGUCUCGGUAUGAAGUUAACUUUGUUGGAUAAGUACUGGAUUAUGCGAGGGAGGUUGGCAGAGGUGGCAAACAUUACUGAUUCCCAUUCGCUAGCAAGAGAUGAGGCACGGAUUGAAUCUCUCCUGCAUGAAACCCGUAGCCAUUACCGUUCCCUCACGCCUCUCAUCAAUCAUCCCAACCUUCAUUUGCCCUUCCUACGCACACUCAUGUCGGUUGGUUUAACCGAUGAAGUCGUAUUUCGGCUUGGCCAGAUUUUGAAGCGCGAUGGGCAAGUUCACCCAAGACUGCAGGCCCUUGUGUGGGAGCUUAUUCUCAGUCGCGGGCAUGAGCUGACACAGGAUGGCAAGGAAAAGCUGCUCAAUUGCCUCAUUCAGCCACCUUCUCGCCUUUCCCCUUCUUCAGAGUCUGAGCCAACACCAUUUUCCGAAUCAUCACAUUCUUUCGCCAUAGACAACGUCGUCGUUUCCGUUGGCAAGCUAGCCGAUAUGUUUGCAGCCCGUCUGUUCAACCCAACCAAUGAACACAUCCCUACCGUUUUGUGGGACUGGGUUACGUCCACCAUUCUUUCAGCAUUGAUGCGGGUAUCAGAUUUAGAGGUAGCUUACAGAAACAUGGUUCUGUUAGCUUUGGUCAAAGCGCCUGCCUCAUUUGUCGCGUUGCAACCUUCCCUUCCCCUGUUCGACAGUUCUGCACCCGGCAGUUCUGAUUGGCAAACCAUCUGCGCGUUAGCCCUGCUGGAGCGAACCAUUAGCCCCCGAGGUUAUACCGCGGAGCCCUUGCAAGAGGGUCUUGCGAAGGAUCUACAGCAUAUGCUGUCGUUCUUGUGGGACUCGUGGAGUGUUCUGGAAGACACUCGUCCAGCUGUAGUCGCCACUGCCAUCUUGUCCUCAUUCGUGUAUAUUGCUGGCCGGACGAAGGACACGCGAAUUAGCGAUGCUUGUCUCAAGUAUGCAGCUGCAGCCAACCUUUUCGCUCGGUCGAAUGGCACUGCACCCUCGUUGGAUCUCUCCCGUUUGGUCGCGGAGUACACCAUCACUCAGGUCACCAAUGGGGUGGAUCUUCGAACCGCUGUGCAUGAUCUGUUGAACCUUCUUCCAGACCUGGCCAAUGCCUCCGAAGCCCUGUCGCAGGUCAUCGUUCGUUUGUGCCCCACAGCCCUUCAAGUGGCAUAUCGCCUUCGCAACGUCGCCGAACAUUCUGGCAUGUCGCUGUCUAGCUACGCGCUACGACUGCUCGGAAUUACAUUUGCUCAGGCAGGACAGCUGGACAUCGCGCUUACCUUCGUCACCGAACCAUACACUCUUCCGAGACACAGAGCCGAUAUACUGGAAGCUAUCGCUGCUACUAUCGCCAUCAACGAGCGCAACGCCCUCACGCAGGAUCUCGCGGUGAAGCUGGUUACGAGCAUGUCGCGCGUUUUUCGCAAGACCCCGCCUUCGGAGAAGUCAACAAGUAACAUCGAGGAGACAGUGCUAUCAAUAUUGAGCACCGAACAUCCUACUGGCGCUAUAGCAGUGGUGCUUGCUAUACACGCCUCCCACCCAGGUUACUUUACAUCGACCUUCCUAGACACGCUUUUUCGAACGCUCGUCGACCAGCGCUUCUUUCGACUCUCCAGCGUCCUAUUCGCUUCCAUUCACGAGAAGUACAACAAAGUUUGCACGCGGUGGUACGGUUUGCUCAUGGAGCAAUACUGCAACGCGGAUGCACAUCACCUCAUGCGCCGUCUGAGAAAGUUCAGAACGUUCUUUCCAACGCGCAACCUCUGGUUGGAUAGAUUGCAUUGCGGUCGUAGAACGACCAGAGUGCGGACGUUCUGGCUACAGCGUCUAGCUGACGCUCAUCUUAUUCCGUUGCGUUACCAACCGAAGGCGUUGGACCUGCUGCUCAGAACGUGUCGUCUUCGUGCCGGCAAACGACUUUUCUAUCAGUACCAAAGCCAACAUAGCAAGGAGACGAGCACGGUGAUGGGGAAUAGCCUCUUAACCUCCGUCUUUCGCCAUAAGGACCGUUCUCCCCCUAAACGGCUGCGUCUGCUGAUGUCUAUCCUGGAAGAACUCACUUCUCAGAGUUCUUACGUUCCCGAUCGUGUCACAUUGAACAUCCUCCUCAAGGCGUUCCUGCAUCUGUCAUAUAGGCUCGAUGCCAACGCUGUCCGCGCCCUCUUUGACCGUGUCAUCCUUAGCGGUUAUCCUACGGGUGGAGUCGUUCCCCCUGGCCGGUCAAUCUUCAACGUGGAGCCGAACGCGCUCAUUGACAGUAUCCAAUUUCCAGAGUUGGAUCCGGAGAUCUCUUUUGAACGGCAUGUGAAGCCGUUGUAUAAGAUGUUCAUUACUGCGUUGUUCACGAGGGGUGAUGCACAGGGAGGGAGAAAGGUAGUUGGGAUUCUGAAGGUGCUUCAAGAGCAGGACGAGAGGAGAAAGAAGCUGCAGCAGCAGACGAUAUCGUAAAAGUUCUUUCACGACACAUUUGGGGUUUUUCAUGAUUAUCUGGUGCUGAUCUACUGUAUAUAGUGCUUUGGAAUAUGCAACGCAGUAUCUUGUACAGGGAUAAGCCCGUGGUAUUCUCAUUUGCCACGAAUCAGAACGUCCUAGAGGCGGUGGCCAGCAGAUGCAUGACACUCGUUUUCAUCUGGCUUCAAGGUUUUAAGAAAUCAAAAACGCACGAACUAUUACCUAAGGUUCCGCCAUAUUGGUUUCUUACUGUGCAACCUGCUGUUACGCGAAAGCCACAUUCGUUCUCGGGCAUAGGUAGAAGAUAUUCCGUCCAUAUUUCAUUCCGCGAAGGCAUAGCGUCAUUGCGUAGCGUUGUCAUAGACG